AUGGCUUUUGGAGCUCCCCGAGGACGCGGUGGUGACCGUGGUGGUCGUGGAGGACGUGGAGGACGAGGUGGUGGGCGCGGCGGUGGACGUGGUGGUUUUAGCGGACGCGGCGGUGGUGAUAGAGGUGGCCGCGGAGGUGGACGAGGUGCCUCGAGAGGCCGUGGUGCUGGUCGCGGCGGACGCGGUGGAAAGGCAGGCGCCCGUGGUGGUGCCAAAGUCAUCGUUGAACCCCACCGCCAUGGCGGUGUAUUCGUCGCCCGUGGUGGAAAAGAAGAUCUCCUAGUCACCAAGAACAUCACUCCUGGUGAGGCUGUAUAUGGUGAGAAGCGCAUAUCUGUUGAGGCCCCCUCCACAGAUGGUGAAGGCGCCGCUACCAAAGUCGAGUACCGUGUCUGGAAUCCCUUCAGAAGCAAGCUUGCUGCCGGUAUUCUUGGCGGUCUUGAUGAUAUUUACAUGAAGCCUGGCUCUAAGGUCCUGUAUCUUGGAGCUGCCAGCGGUACCUCUGUCAGUCACGUUGCUGACAUCGUUGGACCAACCGGAACCGUUUAUGCCGUCGAGUUCUCUCACCGAUCUGGCCGUGACUUGAUUGGUAUGGCCACCCACCGAACCAAUGUCAUACCUAUCGUUGAAGAUGCCCGUCACCCACUCCGCUAUAGAAUGCUGGUUGGUAUGGUCGAUGUUAUUUUUGCCGAUGUUGCUCAGCCUGACCAGGCCCGUAUCGUUGGCCUUAACGCACACUUGUUCUUGAAGACUGGUGGUGGUGUAAUUGUCAGUGUCAAGGCCAACUGUAUCGACAGUACUGCUAAGCCAGAGGUUGUAUUUGCCAAGGAGGUGCAGAAGAUGAGAGAGGAGAAGAUAAAACCAAAGGAACAACUUACGCUUGAACCUUUCGAGCGUGACCAUUGUAUUGUUGCUGGUAUCUACCGGGCAGCUUAA